CCCUCCAAGUGUUCGACAGAUUGUCCGAAAGGCUGCAUCUAGCCAUGAUUCGUGAAUGGCCUCUCGGCGACCUGGAUUACCUCCUUAGCCUGCCGGCGACACAAAUUUCCACCAGACAACAGCCUCUCUUCCUACCGGCGACCAAACUUCCGACGAAUGGCAAGGGGACGAGAACUGUAGAUAAUUUAUGGGUCCCUGAUUUGAAUGGUAGAAGACUAUAUUUUAUACCUGAUGCUGGAUCAAAUUUGGUGUGGGUUAAAGAUCUUCUUUUGCCUGAUGGCAGUGUUUGGAAUGUCAACAUCCUUAGGCAAAGUUUCUCAACAGAAGAUUGUUCAACUGUCAUGAAAAUCUUUACCAUUAACCCUGAAUUUGAUGAUAAAUGGAAAGGGAAACUUUUCAAUAUCCAAUUACCUCCUCAGCCUCCCGGCGACUCAAAUUUCCACCAGAUAGCAGCCUCUCUUCCUACCGACGACCAAACUUCCGAUGGUCUGAGUGAUUUUGCACCUAACGUCGUCCCCAGACUCACCGAAUUGACAAAAGCGAUUCCCAGAGGUUCUCCCCAUUCUCUUUCGUAUGAUGAACCAACCCCACUGGAAGUCGUCGGAUUUUCUUCAGUCACUGUCGCCAGUUUCUCUACCUCAAAUGGCGGCGCAACAUCCUCAACUAGCUCUACGUGCCUAAUCCUUAGGCUCCUCUCCUUUGGUCCACUUAGUUCUUCUAUUCUCCCUACUUCUAUUGGAACUUUUAAAUUCAAGCCCAUUUGUCCCCUACUUUUUUGGAUCCACCCACCCCACUCUGCCAGCCCGAACCAAACCCAAAUCCCCCAGUUUGACCCGAACGCGACCCAGCCACGUUCAAUCACAAUCUGGUCCCCAAGAUCGACCCGAACUUGGCCCGACCCUUAUCCGGCCCUUCCUCCUCUUCAACCCAAUUUUUUAGCCUCAGACCGGCAAAAUCCUUCCUCUCGACUGCCCAAAACACCGACCCACCCGAACCCUUCUCUUAUAGCUCUCUUUCUCUCUCUGGCAGCAUUUCGGAGGUUCUAUUCUCCCCUCCCCCCAAAAGUCUCAAAAAUGUCGGAGGAUAUAAAAUAUGCCUCA